AUGUGGAUCCGAGAGACCGAAGUCAUUGACCCCCAAGACCUCCUAGAAGGCCGAUACUUUUCUGGCGCCCUACCAGAUGAUGAAGAUGUUGGGGGUCCUGGACAGGAACCUGAGGACUUUGAGCUGUCUGGCUCUGGAGAUCUGGAUGAUUCAGAGGACCCCGAGAUCUCUCCUAAAGUAAUCCAGCCCUUGGUGCCUCUAAAUAACCACAUCCCUGAGAGGGAAGGGCCUGGCAGCCAGGUCCCCACCAAACCCCAGGACCUGGAAGAGAAUGAGGUCAUUCCCAAGAGGAUCUCACCAUUUGAAGGGGGUGACAAUGUGCCCAACAAGGUGUCCAUGUCCAGCACUGCCCAGGGCAGCAGCAUCUUUGAGAGGACAGAGGUCCUGGCAGCUCUGAUCGUGGGUGGUGUCGUGGGCACCCUCUUUGCUGUGUUCCUGGUCCUGCUGCUGGUGUACCGCAUGAAGAAGAAGGACGAGGGUAGCUACGACCUGGGCAAGAAACCCAUCUACAAGAAAGCCCCCACCAAUGAAUUCUAUGCCUGAAGCUUCCUUUUGGGCACCAGCUUGGACCUCAGGGGGGAGGGAAGCCAAAGGAUUUGGAGGGGUGGGCAUUAGAGGGGUGGGGGGCAACCUAAUACUGACCUAGCAGCUCUGAUUACAUUGUAAGGAACAGAAACGAGACUUCACCCUCCGUUGCUGCCCGCCUCUCCUUGAUUCUCUGGGCCUCUGAUUUGUCCCAACAGAAAAAUGGGGUUAAACUUGGCCUUUCUGAAGGCAUGUCUGGGAUUGGAUCAUUUCUUAAUCUUCCCGAUUAGAAUCCAGGCCCGUCUUAGGAGCCUCUGCUGAACAAGCCUCACCCUGAGCCCACUCCGGAGCUGUUGGGAGUCCCAGCGGCGGCCUUAUCCCUCCUCCCUUUCACAGUCUGUUCCUCUACCUGGAGCUGGAAGAAGGAACUAGAACCAUCUGCACCUUGAGAUGUGUCCGUCAAAGGGCACGUGUGACCACACUACAACAGUGUGUGGUAUACCUUGGGCCAUUCUAGGCUCUUUCAAGUGACUUUUGGAAAUCAACCUUUUUUAUUUGGGGAGGGAGGGGAGCUAAAAGUUCAUACUGAAAUGCAUUUGUAGAACAUUUGUAAAUCUAUUUUUAGUGGGGUAUUGUUUUGUAACCGUUCAUUCCUUCCUGCAGAGGCUCUGUGCCUGACCAGGAGCAUGGAUGCUAAUGUGUCCUUUGCCUCUUGCAUGUUUCCAUAGCAUCCACUGAGUGUGUAUUUAAUGGUGUUUUGCUUUUGUUUCUCAAAAAUGAGAGCAAGAGUCGGAUAUAUGAUUUCUAUUAAUUUUUUAAAAACUUAUUUAUAGCCUCAGACAAGCCUCUCCUUCUCCCUUCCUCUUUUUCUUUAAAUACCCUCCCCAACCUCUUUUUUUAUUUUUUUGACUUCAUACUCCCCUGCUCACAUUGGCCCUUUCUGUAGCUGCUUCCUCUGACAAGUAGCUGUUGCUUUUUGAAACAUAAUUUUCUAGCAGAUUCCAAACUAUAAUGUAGGGGAUGGUGAGAUAUUUGUGUCUCUUUUCUUAUAAUAUAUUGUUAUUAUUCCUUGGCUCUAGAAAAAUAGAUAAAUAUAUUUUUUCAGGAGAUAGUAUGAUAUUUCCCUUUUGAAGUUUGGGGGGUGGUUGAGUGAGUGGACUUUUGUGUGGCUGAGUGGCGUUUGCCUCUCCUGUGCUUUCGUCAUGCCUUCUCCUGAUUGGGCUGGAAUAGCUUCUGCUUUGAGCCCAGCUGGUGUCCUUUUAUUUGCUUUCUCCAAAUUUAAGAGAAAAUGAGAGAGCUGUGCUGUCCAAUAUGGUAACCACUAGCCACAUGCAGCUAUUUAAAUCAAUUACAAUUACAUAAAGUUAAAAAUUUAUUCUUCAGUCACACUAACCACAUUUCAAGUGCUCCGUUGCCACCUGUGGCUAGUGGCUGCCGUACCGAACGUGCAGGUGGGGGACCGUGUCCGUUUAUCAGACAGCCGUGCUAGGGCUCACACCGGGCUUAACGAGUCACAGCCCUGGCUUUGCUGGGGUGACCUUUGUCUCCCCGGGCAAAGCGGAGGGUGGGAGGGCUGAUGAGGCCCCAGCUCUGCUGCCUGUUAUCUGCGACCCUCGUCUCCAAGGAGGCAAGGCCAGGGGGCUUAGCCUGGGCAGGCGGCAUCUCCUGACCCCACUGGCUGGGGUGGGGGAACCACCUUCCCCCCCUGUACCUUUCACCACCACAGUCCGGGGGCCCAGCUGGCUGGGCCCUCUUAUCCCCCCCAUGUCCUUUUCCUCUGGCUAUGUUGGGAGUGAGCACCUUGUCUUGUAGCCACCUCAUACUGUUGUCUGUUACUGAAUUUUUUGAUAAAAACUUAAUAAAACCAGGUACUUUCCAGA